AGUGCGUGUGGAACUCCAGAACAGCAUCAGUUGAUCCCAUCCAGUAAUCAACCAUCGACAUGAAGUUCACCUUUGCUUUCCUGCUCCUGGGCGUCCUGGCAUGUGUCCUUGUUGAUCGUGCCUCCAGUGCCACCACCUCCACCACGACCACCACCGAAGCGGCGACCACAACCACCACAGCAGCUUCUUCGGACACCACCACCACCACUGCCUCUUCUUCGGAUUCCACCACCACCACCACCGAGUCCUCCUCCUCGUCCUCCGGAAAGAAGAAGCACGUGAUCCACUACAAGCGGAAGGUCAAGCGUGGCAAGAAGGUCAAAAAGACUCGCCGCAGCCGCAAGAACAAGAGCAAGAGCAAGAGCGGUUAA